GUCAUUUAAAUGCAUCAGAGCAGCGUGGUGGGUCUGUCCAUGAUGUCAAAACCAGGCUCUGUGGUUGUAACAGCAGCUUGCACAGGUACCAGUUUGGAAAGCGAAGGGUUUUAUCCGGAUCACCAUAUAUGGAGCGGAGCGGAGGGUGACGGACAGGCGGCAGACGGAGUUCUCCGCCCGUGAGCGCAUCUCAGGCCGGACCGCGGGAAUGGGGGAGGCGGAGUUAACGCGUUAAAUGAGUCAUGAGCCACGACAAAAAAUUCCGACAGUUGCAACUUGAAACUUAAACGGUAAAAUGCUUUAUAAGCGCUUGCGUCCCACAGAGGAGUAUUAUUAAGCAAGAUAACUGUACCGUCUGAGUCAGAUCUCGGUUUUUAAGGACAGACGACACGGGUCACAGGUCGACUAAGAAUAAAUCAAGAUAUUAGACAAGUUAGUGAAACAAAGUGUUCUGGAUUUAAACCACGAGAACGAGAUGGAGUUAACGAAGACGUUUCUCUGCUUUUUUGGGAUGAUGUGUGCGCUGACAGCCACAGGCGGAGCGGAGGCAGCAGAGCGAGACCACUUCCCUGCAGCCUCUGAUCUCACCUGGGUCUCCUUCAACUUCAAGACCAUCCUGCAGUGGGGCCCGCAGCCGUCCAACUUCUCCUACACGGUGGAGUUCUCUCAGCUGGGAGAGAACAGGAAGAGGAACCCACACUGCAUCAGGACCUCCGACACAGAGUGUGACCUCACCAACGACCUCCGACUCCUGAGGGCCACCUACUCGGCUGACGUCCUAUCAGAGCCCUUACCUGGCGUGACCUCUGACCUGGUGGAGUUCCCCUUUGCCCGUGCUCCGCAGUUCAACCCCUACACAGACACCCUGAUAGGCCGGCCAGAGUUCCGUGUGGAGUGGGGGGAGGACAGGACGCGGGUGAGGCUGCUGGUCAGCGACCCCCCCACCCCCCUGUUCAGGGAGGGCGUGAUGCAGAGCAUCAGAGACGUGUUCCUGAAGGACCUGCACUACCGGGUCAGAUACAACAAGGCUGGCAGCACGGGCAAGAAGGAGCAGACUUCCAGGAAGAGCGAGGUGGAGGUGGGGGGUCUGGACCGAGGGCAGAGCUACUGCUUCAGAGUAGCGGCCUACCUGCCCUCCAGACCAGCAGAGCGCAGGCUGGGCCAGUGGAGCAGGCCUCAGUGCUCUGGGGGAGACAGGAGCAUCUUCCAGGAGUUCAGCACAGGGGUGAUAGUGGGAGCCAUCUUCAUCCUCCUCACCUUCCUCAUCCUCACCCUCCUCCUGGUGGGGCUCUGCUGCCGCUGCUGCUGUCGCCACGGAGACAAGACCAGCAGCAAGGAGGACCUGGCCAUGACUCACGUCUAGAGAGAGAGUGUGUGUGAGAGAGUGUGAGAGUGUGUGUGAGAGAGUGUGAGAGUGUGUGUGAGAGUGUGUGCGUGUGUGGAGUGUGUGUUUCUGCGGGGGUAUGUGGGUAUGUGUGUGUGUUGAGAGUAACAGAGAAUUUAAAAUAAUGUUUGGGUAUUCAGUGUACGUGUGUGCAUUCGGUGUAUGUGGUGUGUGUGUAUGUGGUACCAAGUUACACCUUAACUGGAAUCACCUUCCCAAGUGGAGGAAACCAUGUUCCUCUGUUUUGUUUUUGCACAAACGUGUCUGACACUGGAUUCUGGUUUCUGUGAAGCCCACUGACUUUACAUGUCCUCUGAUCCAAGAUGGCUGAAGUCAUUAGAUCCAAGAUGGCGGAUGUCUAGGAUCAGUUAUAAUCUGUGUGUGUGUGUGUGUGUGUGUGUGUGUUACAGUCACAGUGUUUGUCUGAAUUAAGCUCAUUAUCAGCUGGUCUCCUAGUGAGUAAUCUAAUAGCAAUUUUGUUCAAGAAUAUUUAUUAUUUUAUACAAUUGAAUGUUUACAAUGUUUUACUUUUCAAGUGCAGUAUUAAGAAGAUACACUUUCGAUGUUGAUUUUAUACUUUUAAAUGAUAUUUAUUUCCGUUUUGUCAUUAUAUAUUUAUUUAAUCAGGAUGUGCAGCAAGUGUGUGUGUGAAGUUCAUUUGUCUGUAUAAUGUGCAGCUGGUGCCCUUUAGUACAGCUCUGGAAACAGAAGCUAAAGCGAGGUUAUGAAUGGCUCCCUAUUAAUCCCUGAGGCGUUACUAAACUUACACUUUUAUAAUAAAAUAUUCAGAGGGAACAUCUGAUUGUUUUGUUCUUUGUUUGCAUCUGGAGGUGUUAGAGCGCCAUCUAAGGGCUUGUCCAGAGAACUGCAUCUGGAUGCUCUCCUGAUACUACAGAACGCUGCAAAACAUCAAAGGGGCGAUUGACUGUUUUUUUGGGGUAUUUCACACUGUUCCUUAAGGUCUCCGAAUAGGGUAUGUAACAUUGGUUGGGCUGAAAAUGGCCCGGUGCUGUUCUAUGCCCCCUGAUAGAUCCAGUGAAAUUUUACCGGGAAAAAACGGUAGGUUUUCUCCUUUUAUGGUAUUCUCAUGAAUAUAUAGAUGAGCUGCGCGCUGAUUGGUUGGUUUACAACGAGUGAAGCUGCGGAGCAAAGAUGCAACACGGCCACAGCACUCACUGA